AUGUGCUGUCAAAAAAACAAAGAUGAUAUCGUUAUUGUUUCUGCACUGCGAACACCCAUUGCUAAAGCAGGAAGGGGUGCAUUUAGAGGUCUUACAAACGAUAUGUUAGUUUAUCAUGCAAUUAAGGGAAUAUUGGAUAAAACAAGAAUUGAUCCUAGUCUUAUUGAUGAAGUGUGUUUUGGGCACGGGCUGUCUCCGAUGAACGGAUCAACAGCUUUAAGGAUAGGUGCACUUAGAGCAGGACUAUCUCUUGUAACACCUGUAUCAACUUUUAAUAGGCAAUGUGGAUCGGGUUUAGAUUCAGUUAGUAUUAUAGCUAAUAAAAUAAGGGUGGGUGAAAUAGAAAUAGGCCUGGCGGGAGGGUUUGAAUCGAUGAGUUUUUACCCGAUAAAUCAAGGAAAAAUAACAUGUUAUGAAGAUGAUGUAGAUAAAGUCAAAGAAUGUUUUAUUUCGAUGGGAGAAACAGCUGAAAUCUUGGCUAAAAAAUAUUCGAUUACACGGGAAGAGUCAGAUAUUUUUGCAAUGAAUAGUCAUAAACGCGCAGCUUAUGCAACUAUUAAUAAACUGUAUACUAACGAAAUUAUUCCUGUAAAAAUCGAUAAUAGUGUCAUAACUGAAGAUGAAGGUAUUCGUGUUACAAAUUUGGAAAAACUUGCUUCUCUAAAAUCUGUAUUUAGAAAGGGUGGGAUAUGUACAGCGGGAAAUUCUUCACAGUUAUCAGAUGGUGCGUCGGCUGUUCUUCUUAUGAAAAGACAUAAAGCAGAGGAGUUAGAAAAAGACAUUUUAGGAAGUUUAAUUGAUUAUGUGUGUGUUGGUACAAACCCUUCUAUUAUGGGACAAGGACCAGUACCAGCCAUCAGAAAAUUACUGCACAGGAAUAAUUUGGCAAUAAACGAUAUUGAUUAUUUUGAAAUAAAUGAAGCAUUUGCAUGUCAGGCACUUUUUUGCAUCAAAGAGCUAGAAAUUGAUCAGAAGAGAGUAAAUUUACAUGGGGGAGCAAUCGCUUUGGGACAUCCUAUUGGAUGUACAGGUUCACGGCUAGUAGCAAGUCUAUUGAAUGUUAUGGGCCUUAAUAAUAUGCAAGGAUUUGGUGUUGUCUCACUGUGUGUAGGAACGGGGCAAGGUGUAGCUGCUCUAAUAAGAAGAGAAUGA